AAUCCAAAUAGCCAAAUCUUUCUCCUCCUCCGAUCCAACUUCCUCUGAUUUCUCUCACCAUAAAAACCAGAGAGAAAAGGCGAGCCCCAGAUUCAGAGAUGGCCUCCACUGCUUUCAGCGGCGAUGAAACCGCUCCCUUCUUCGGCUUCCUCGGCGCCGCCGCAGCUCUCGUCUUCUCCUGCAUGGGCGCGGCGUACGGGACCGCCAAGAGCGGCGUCGGCGUGGCCUCGAUGGGAGUGAUGCGGCCGGAGCUGGUCAUGAAGUCGAUCGUUCCGGUGGUUAUGGCGGGAGUGCUUGGGAUCUACGGUCUCAUUAUUGCUGUGAUUAUCAGCACCGGGAUUAAUCCAAAGGCCAAGUCUUAUUAUCUGUUUGAUGGAUAUGCUCACUUGUCCUCUGGCCUUGCUUGUGGCCUCGCCGGGCUUUCCGCCGGAAUGGCCAUCGGGAUCGUCGGUGACGCCGGUGUCCGGGCCAAUGCACAGCAGCCAAAGCUCUUUGUUGGUAUGAUCCUUAUCCUCAUCUUUGCUGAAGCUCUUGCUUUGUACGGUCUCAUUGUGGGGAUUAUCCUCUCGUCCCGAGCAGGGCAAUCUCGUGCAGACUAAGGAAGUCAGCUUGGUUAAUGCUCUGGAUUCUUUGAUGAGCAUCUGCUUUCACUGGCUCGGCAAUUCUGUUAUCUCUAUAAAGUUCUGUUAGUUUAGUUAGAAUUAUUAUAUUGAUGUUUGAGCUGAACUAUGCCUGUGGUUAUGAAGAAAUAUUUGUUCUGAAUGUCAUUUUUCCCUCUUGCCCCAAAAAUAACGACAGAUUAGACAUUGAGAACUUCACCCACUGAUGGGUUUUGGUGUUUUUGUCAUACAAUUGCUGUAAGUAAAUUGAAUGGGGGAAGAAGCUGUUUGUUUCUA